CAGAUUUCUAAGUCCUCUCUGAGAAUACCAAUCAUCUCCAGCUCUCUACGAAGUAUUUUCUUUUGUUUUGUCUCUGAAGAAAACAAGCACUCUACAAACUAUUUUCUUUUCUUUUGUCUCUGAAGAAAACAAAGGAACAAUGGGGAAGCAAUCUAACAAAGCCAACAAGAAGGCGGAGAAUUUCGGAAAAGGGAAUGUAACUCCGACCCAAGUCGCCUUCCUCGUCGAUCGGUAUCUCUCCGACAAUAAUUUCUCCGAAACUCGCUCUCUAUUCAGAACCGAAGCUUCUUCUCUCCUCUCCAAAUCCUCCUCUCAAGAGGCGCCGAAGAGCUUGCUGAGUCUAGGGGCGAUUUUGAACGAUUAUAUAUGUUUGAAAGAACAAAAAGUUAUGGUGGAUCAAGAAAAGAUGAGAUUGGAGCAGGAAAAAUCUCGGGUACAGACGCUGUUGCAGAGUUUUCAGAACGCCAUGAACGCUUACAAUGCCAGCGGAAGCCCCCCUGCACCUCCCGUUCCUACGGUUGCAAUGAAUCCGGCAGUUACGCUUCCUCAGUCGCAGCCGUUUACUGGAUCCCCUGCAGGUUUGCCUGCGUACAAAGGUCCUAUUGUUCAUUCAGUUUCAACUCCUUCCAACAUCAAUACUCAACUUACAAAUUUCUCGUCGCCAAUGACAAGUUAUCCACUCGCAAUUAACAAGAGGAAAGACUCUAAAGUUGUUUCAGAUGCUCCACCAGUGGCUAAGAGAUCUCGUAACAAAUCUUCUACGAGAACGUUUGCGGACAAAGCUCAUAUUCAAGAAAGUGCCCAGCCCUCCUUUCCAUCCGAUUCGUCACCCAACAAUUCUGUUGGUGGGUCUUUGCAAAAUGGAUCCAGCGUGGCAAAGUGUCUGUUCAACCAGCCUUCAAUGCCCAUUUCAGCAAAUACUUCUGUUCCCGCAACACCUCCAAGAGCAAACUCCUCUCAAAGUGAUAAAUCCAUAUCUCCUCUUGAGUUUUUUUCCACUACUAACUACAGUAAUGAUAAUACUCCUGAAGGGCUCACCACAACGCGAUGCACUGUAAUUUCAUCCAAAAGAGUGACAGUGAGCCCAUUCAAACAGAUAGCUUACUCCAUGGAAAGGAACCACUGUGUUUCCACUUCCUCCCCAGUCAAGACAAACUUGAAGAGGCAGGCUAAGAGGGAUCAUGUAAAAGGAAGGCUAGAUUUCGAUGGCUCUGAUGUGAACUCGGACCAACCAAUGGCCGAUCAGAUUUCAACAUCCGAGUCUGAGAAGGAACUAGACCUUUUUGACAUUGAUUUGUCCAAUUUAGAUUCGAUCUCUUUCAGUGAUAUGUUACGCGAUUUUGAUUUUGAAUGUGAAGAAGUGGGAUAUUCUUGCCAUCCAGCCAUAGACGCGUCUAAGGACACUGCUGCAGGUUCAUCCCCUGAAUCAAUGGAUGGUGAUAUGGGAGCUAACCAACUUAUGUCAGAAUUCUCAUCAACUGUGACUGAAGUACUUGCACAGAAAGACACCAGUGUGCAAGGCUCAGACUCUCUGACAGCAGUCAAAUCUGUAACAAGAUGCAUCAAAAUUAUAAGCCCUGUGAAAAAUCGAGGGAGUCCUCUGGAUCAGACAUGUUCUCCAACAAAUUGACUGGAAUUUGACAUAACUCUUAGGAUGCAAUGGUACCUGUACUUAACAGAAAAUAUGUAAAUAAGCUAACUAUUCUAAGCAACAAUUGGCAGGAGCUAUAUUGGUUUUGGUAUA